CCAAGCGGGCUGCGAGUUCUGCACCUCACUUUGGGCAUCCCCGUGGGGGCCGGAGCGGGUUCCUACUAAAGUUAGGCCCAGCCUCCAAUUCCAGCCUGGGUGACUGGGGCUGUGACCACUCCCCUCGUUCCACUUGAAUUCCACCUGCCCAGCUGAGUUGACCCCUGUUUCUGCACCCUCGCCACAGCCCAGGUGGGCUUCCCUCAUUUCCAUUUCUGCCUCCCACCUGAUGCUGAGAACCACCUGCCCCAGAAGCCACCUCCAGCGACGCUAGAGAAUAGCUGACUAAGCCACUUACGUAAACAUCGACCUUCAGAAGGACCAGACGGCCACGCUGCCCAUCAGAUGUUCAGUUCCAGGGCUUCAGCUGCAGACUUAGGAAAUGAGUCAAAAGCCAGACGUUUCGGAAGAAAUGGCGUUACAAGGAAAGGCAUUCCUAAGACCGAAGAACUUUGGCGUGGCCCCUCUGUGCAGGGCAGGGUGGCAAAUCCUCCAUCCUUGCUGGCUUCCGUGGGGUCCUCUCUCUUUCCUGGGAGCCAGGAAAAAUGGAAAAGCGCACGGGCAAGAUAAAGAAGACCCAGACUCCAAAGGAAGAAGCCGACAUGCCAAAGGACGCAUUUCAGGAGAGAGAGCGUCAGGAGAAAAAAGCCAAGCAAAAGACGCACUUUGGUUGGAAAGCAGAGUAAGGAGCAGGCCUGAGCCCGGAAGAUGAGGAACACCUGUUUGAUGCCUCCGAUACCUCCUUUGAGGACGACUUUGAGGGGGUCCCCAUGUUUAUUCCUUUUCAGAGGAAGAAUCCCUACGAAUGUGGCAAAUGUGGGCGCAUCUUCAGGCACAAGAUGGGCUGCAUCCACACCGGCAAGAAGCCCAGCCUGUGCAGCCAGUGUGGGAAGGCCUUCCGGCACAGUUCGGACAUCACCAAGCACCAGCGUGUGCACACUGGGGAGAAGCCCUUCAGCUGCGGUCACUGGGGUCAGUGUGGGAAGGCCUUCAGCUGCGGCUCCAACGUCCGGAGGCACAGAAGACCACGUGGGGGAGAGAAGCCCCAGGAGUGCCGCGAGCGCGGGAAGGCCUUUGCCGACAGCUCGUGCCUGAUCCGGCACCAGGAGCGCCACCCACGGAGGAAGCACUGAGCAAGGAGCGCAGCCAAGAGCCCAGCGUUGACGCUUGUCGGCGUCUGUGUCAAGGAGAAGUCUCACUGGAGUGCUUCCCCCCUCAGCUCACUCCUCCGUC